CAACAACCCAGCAACUACAAGACGACAAUGUCAUCACGCUACGAAGAGAGAGACGAUCGAUACCGCUCGGACGACCGUCGUCGAGACCGAGACCGGGACGAGCCCGCAUCAUCCGAUCGACAUCGAACGAGAGACCGGGAUGUCGACGAUCGCGAGGCAAGACGGCACCGCAAGGACGACGAUGAUCGUAGAAAGGGCAGGAGUGAUAGUAGGAGUAGGAGUCGGGAGAGAUAUUCGAAGCGACGGAGAGAUCGGAGCGAGAGUCGGGAUAGGGGAGAAAAGGACAAGAAGAAACGACACCGCUCACGAUCCCCCUCCCCUCACUCGCUCAAAAAGGCCGAGAAGAAGGCAGCCAAAGCCGCCCGCCGCCGUGAAGCCGAACUCCAAGCCGCCCGUCAGGUCGCAGAGAUCAGCAUGUAUACGGCCGAAGACAACCCUUUCGGGGACAGCAACCUCGGUCAACAGUUCAAGUGGGUCAAGAAACGGGAACAGGAGAAGAAGUUGGGGAUCAGCGACGAAGAGGCCGCGAGACGGGAUCAGGUGAGGAGGUUGGAAGCCAAGGAAGAGCUCGAACGUCUGAACAAGCGUCGAGCGGAACGAGAGGUCGAGAUGCAGCUCCGGGAGGAAGAGGAAGCGCGUCUGGCCCGACUGGCGGAAUCGGCGCAGAUGGCCGAGUGGGUGGCGAAAGAGGACGAUUUCCAGUUGGAACAGUCCCGACGUCGAGCGGGGAUCAGGAUGCGGGAGAACCGAGCGAAAGCCAUCGACUUUUUGGCCAUCAACUUGAGAUUUGCGGAUCCGACCAAUGGAGGGGACGGCGGUGCCAGGGCCGGGUUGACGGGACCGGGCGAAGAGGACGUUUGGGGUUGGGAGGACGCGGGGUUGGAAUGGGAUAUCGACGAGCCUUGGUUGAUAUUCGAGAACCUCACGCUGGAGGACAUGGAAGAGCUGUCGGGGGAUAUCAAGAUGUACCUGUCCCUGGAAAAGGCGCCCGUCAAUAUCGAAUUCUGGGAGUGCAUGGAAAAGAUCUGCCGCGAUCGGAUCCGUCAAAAACACCUCGAACGCGACCCGUCCCUCAACGCCGCCCAAGGUCGAUCGACCAACGUGGCGGUCGAGACGGACAUUGCCCGGCUGCUCGAGGGCAAGACGCACGAACAGCUCUUGGCGCUCGAGCAGAGCGUGAGGAUGAAGUUGGCCAGGGCUAGCAAGGAACCGAUCGAUGUGGAUUAUUGGGAGGGGUUGUUAAGGAGUCUCGAGGUGUGGAAGGCCAAGUCCAAGCUGCAUCAAAUCCACCUGGUCGUCAUGCAGAACCGACUCGAACAGCUGCGUCAACGUCAACGAGAACAAGCGCUCAAGGUGCAGGAAGAGCUCGGUGGCAAGAUGGCUGGUGGAGACUCGCUCGACCCGGCAGCGGCGGCGAGACAGGCGGCCGAGUUGGCUGCAGAGGAGAUGGACCUUGGGGACGAUCUGGGCGAGGCUGGAGAGGACGAACAGGUCGAGCCGUACGACAGGGAAAUGUCGCCCGAGCUAUUGGACGGCAAGGAAUUGUCUUACGAGGACCGAUCGCUGCCCAUCGUCGACGAGGAAGAGAGCCUGCGUGCCCUCUUUGCCGCUCGUCGACUCGUCACCUCGACGACCUUUAUUCCGCGAGCACAACGCGCUACCAACGUUCAAGAGACGGUCAACGCCCCCUCGUUCGCCGAUCUCGCUGCCGAACGUUUAUACAGAGAGGAAGCCGCGAAAAAUUUGGACGAGGACGAAGAGUUCUUCAACCUCGACGAAGGGUUGUUCAACCCGGGGACUUAUACGUGGGAAGACAAGUUCAGAGCGAGGAAACCGAGGUUCUUCAACCGGGUCCAUACCGGAUUCGAGUGGAACAAGUACAACCAGACGCAUUACGAUUCGGACAACCCGCCUCCCAAGGUUGUCCAGGGUUACAAGUUCAACAUAUUCUACCCCGAUCUCAUCGACAAGACGGAGACCCCUUCGUACAAGUUCGUCCGGGACAAGAACGACCCGGACACCUGCUUGCUCGUGUUUACCGCUGGACCGCCUUACGAGGAUAUCGCUUUCCGUAUUGUCGACAAGGAGUGGGAAUACAGUCACAAGCGGGGUUUCCGUUCCUCGUUCGAUCGAGGUGUUUUGCAGCUGUACUUUAACUUUAAGCGACAAUUCUACAGGAAAUGAUUCAGUCAUAUAUUGUGCCAUUCUGUUUGCGAGUUGCUGCUGGAUCUCGCUCGCUGUGCCUCGUGUGCCCUCUCAUUUGUAUCAAAUUAGUCUUCUGUCAUGACAGAGUUGAUAUCUACACAACGUUCACAAUGACAUCCAUAUGAGCGA